GGGGACCGUCCGCCAUUUUUCUCUAAUGAAGUGAGCCCUCCUUAACAUUUACUCAACUUGAAUAUUUUAACACUUCUUGUACUAACGCAGAGUUGUUAUCGAUACCUAAUCAAAUCGGCAGUAUUUUUAUGCAAAUGAUUUUUACGACGUGUUGUGAGACAAUUCGUGUACUCCUAGUUGAUCCAACGUAGGUCUUCUACGUUGGAUUAACUGUUAUUUUGAAUUUAAAAUAUUAAUUUAUUUCAUUUAAAUUCAGUCUUUAUGAUGUUAUAUGUAUUGUAUUAUUUUGAACUUACAUAAGAAUGAAAUUAUCUAUGUAUUUAAAUUGAUUCAGUAUGUUGAGGAAAACAUACAACUGAAGAAUAUUUCACCUUGAGUGACAUUUAAUUAUGAAAUGUUCUUUGGGCUCCGCGCAAGCGUGUUAAUUCCUCAAGGUUUAAACAUGUGUAUUUUGAAAGAUAACUAAUUGAUGAUUCUCAGUAAAGCAGAGGAAGGUGAGAUGGUUAUUUCCCUUAAGGAUUGGAGAAAAGCGUUAAAAACGCCACCUUCCUAUCGUGUCGGGAAAAAUGCUCAGAAAUAUCAAAUACAACUUUUAGGUAUUGUUACUGGUAUAAGUUUAUUGCUGCUCUAUUUUUUUUAUUCGACAGAAGAAGUAUCCACUAUUAGUUCUGACCACCAGUUUUCUAAUGGAUCUAGUGGUGGAUAUCAAUCUUUAGUACAGCCUUUUAACUAUGAUAGUACUUAUCCCUUAACUAAACCAGUUCAUAUGCAAGACACUAUUCAUUAUAAAAUUGGGCUUGUUUCUGACAUGGAUCAUUCAUCUAAGAGUAAAUUAGAAUCCAAUACCUGGAUUAGUUAUUAUCUUCAAGGCACAUUAGUGUGGAAUCCAAAUGUAAAGACAGUAAAUGUUUUCUUUGAUAAAAACAAUUACAAAACAUUGAAAACGAAAUUUAGUCAUAAUUCAAGGGGUAUGGAACUAUCAGAGUUGGUUACAUUUAACGGGAAACUUCUGUCAUUUGAUGACAGAACUGGUCUGGUUUUUAUUAUUGAAGAUGACAAUGCUUAUCCAUGGUUGCUGCUAACUGAUGGUGAUGGCAAAACAAAUAAAGGAUUUAAAGCAGAAUGGGCGACAGUUAAGAAUGGUUACUUAUACGUUGGUAGCAUGGGCAAGGAAUGGACCUCUCCUCAAGGGGAGUUAGUAAACUUCAAUCCAAUGUGGGUAAAAAGAAUAAGUGCAAAUGGUGAAAUUGUUAGUCUGGAUUGGAAAGAGAAUUAUAAAUCCCUCAGGAGUGAACUUCAAAUAUAUUUUCCGGGGUAUAUGCUUCAUGAAUCUGGAGUUUGGAGUGGUAUUCACAAAAAAUGGUUUUUUCUUCCCCGCAGAAUGUCACAUGAAAGAUAUAACGAAGAAAAAGAUGAAGAAAUGGGAACCAACGUUUUGUUGUCUUGUGACGAGGAGUUCAAAACAUUUGAGGUGAUACACAUUGGUGAAGUGCUACCAACUCAUGGUUUCUCCAGUUUUAAAUUUAUCCCUGGUACAAAUGAUGAAGUUAUUGUAGCUUUAAAAACAGAAGAAUUUCAUGGUCGCAUUGCUACAUAUAUAACUGCUUUUACUAUUCAUGGAAUAGUACUUCUCAAUGAAACAAAAAUAGAUGACAUAAAAUAUGAAGGGUUUGAGUUUAUUUAGUAUUAAUAUUAAUUAAAAUGGACUUUAAUGAAUAAGGAAUAUUGUAUUAAUAGAAUUUCGUGUAUGUAAUAUAGAACAUGUACAUAACUGUAAAAUUCUGUGACUGUGAUUUCUAUUAUUUAUAAAUAAUAGAUAAUAGUAAUAUAUAAUUCAGACGAAAUAAUAUAAUGUUUUUAUUUCAUUAGAAUAAACUAAAAUUAAGACUUAUAAUAAGUCAAAACCUAUUAUUAAAGUAAUACAAUGUUGGAGUGUCCACCUGGUAUCUCAAUGUCCUAUAAUAUAAAUAAUAGCGAGCUUGUUAUUAGUUACAAUUUAUAUCAUUCCAUUAUUUUUUGUAUUUUAUCUUUAAAAAAAAAUUUCCUUUUUGCCCUGAAUUUAACAGUAUUUUUUAUUUAAAUUUUUACUGCUCAUGUAAAAAUUUGCAAGUUGUAUAUAUCACUAGUAUUUUAACAGUUGAAACACAGUCCUUAUAAGAUGUGAACAAAAUAACUACCCAUUCCAUUUAAUCCCUAUGUUGCCAGGUAUGUCUUGAAUCUUCUGUAAUAGAUAAAUAUUGAAUGUUAAACUUUUGUAAUAAAGAAAAAUAUUUUUUG